AUGAUGCAAUCAACAUCAAAUCUUCCGAAGGCUUCAUCAAUUCCUCCUAUGGAAGCCGUUGUUGCAGUUUUAUUAAAUUCCAAUGGUAUUGGUUUAAAUGGUAAUUUACCAUGGUUACAAGAUGGUUUAACCGAAGAUAUGAAACAUUUUGUAUCUGUCACUUGUUCAUCAGAGCCUUUAAAAUUUAUUUCACCUUCAAUGUAUAAACAAUCAUCAUCAUCAUCACCUAUAACAAGUGAUAAUACAAAUGAUAAUACUACUACAAUUAAUGAUCAAUUAAUGAAUGCUGUUAUUAUGGGUAGAAAAACAUGGGAAUCAAUUCCAUCAAAAUUUAAACCACUCUCAAAGAAUAGACAUGCUAUUAUAUUAUCUAGUAAAGUAAAUGAUGAUGAUCAAUUAAUGAUGGAAAGAACAACAUUUGUUAAAAAUGUUGAUGAAUUAUUUGAAUUAUUACAAAAUCAAAAGUUUAAUCGUAUAUUUAUAGCAGGUGGUACAAGUAUUUAUAAAUUAUUAUUACCAUAUACAGCAGUUAUUCAUUAUACAAAUAUAAUUGAACAAAAAGGAGUAAAUAUUCAAGUAGAUACAAGAUUUCCAAUUAGAUUAUUACCAUCAAGUGAUUAUAGAAAUGUACCAAUUAAUUCUAAUCAAUUUAUUGCAGUUGAUAAAUCUGAUAAAAUUUUACCUAAAAAUAAUGAAAGAAUUUCACAUUAUGAAUUUAUUACAUUUGAAAGAAGACAUGAAGAAUUUCAAUAUUUAGAUAUUAUUAAAGAAUUAAUAUUAUCAGAUAUAAAUGUACGUGAAGAAAGAACAGGUGUUGGUACAGUUUCUAAAUUUGGAUAUCAAAUGAAAUAUUCAUUGAGAAAUAAUGUAUUUCCAUUAUUAACAACUAAAAGAGUAUUUUGGAAAGGUGUUGCUAAAGAAUUAUUUUGGUUCAUUUCUGGAAGUACAAAUGCUAAAAUUUUAUCUGAACAAGAUAUUCAUAUUUGGGAUGGAAAUGGAUCGAGAGAAUAUUUAGAUUCAUUGGGAUUUGAGAAUCGUGAAGAGAUGGAUUUGGGUCCUGUUUAUGGUUUUCAAUGGAGACAUUGGGGUAGUUCAUAUGAAAAUAUGCAUACAGAUUAUACAAAUAAGGGAGUUGAUCAAUUGAAGAAAUGUAUUGAAACUUUAAAGAAUAAUCCAACUAAUAGACGUAUUAUAUUAUCUGCAUGGAAUGUAUCAGAUUUACCUAAUAUGGCAUUACCACCUUGUCAUUUAAUGUGUCAAUUUUGGGUAGAUACAGAUACUAAUGAAUUAAGUUGUCAAAUGUAUCAAAGAUCAUGUGAUAUGGGAUUAGGUGUUCCAUUUAAUAUUGCAUCAUAUGCUUUAUUAACAAGAUUAAUGGCACAAGUUUGUAAUUUAAAACCUGGUGAUUUUAUUCAUACAUUGGGUGAUACACAUGUUUAUAAGAAUCAUAUUGAACCUUUGAAAAAACAAAUUGAAAGAGAUCCAAAACAUUUCCCUCUUUUAUUACUUGAUCCUUCCAUUACUAAUAUUGAUGAUUUUAAAUUUGAACAUUUAACUUUACAAAAUUAUGAACCACAUGCUACUAUUAAAAUGGAAAUGGCUGUUUAG